GCUUAGGGAGAGGCAGCAGCAGCAGAGGAGGGCUAGAGCAGCCGAGGCCAACAGAACUUUAGUUAGCGAGGCCGGUGCUACAGCAGCCAUGACCACUACAGCCAUGGUCACUUCUGCGCAGCAGACUUCCCCAGCCAGUAGUUCAAGUGUCGUCGGGUCAACGGUCGCGCAGACCGUGAGUCAGUCCACUGGCGUUAUGGCAAGCCAGGCAGCGGUGUUGACUCCAGAGGAUGUCGCCAUACAGCAGGUAGCCCUGCAAGAGGCACAGCUACAGCAGGCAUUAGGAGAGUUAAAGGCGGAGAAGGAGAAGAUGAUCAGAAGAAGAGCCAGGAUGCAGCGGAGAGGGGCAGACAUAGAGGAGUUAGAGACGAUGGACCUGAACAAUAUGGAUGAUGAUGUGAGGGUAGUUAGGAGGGCCCUGCUAGGCGUUAUAGAGAUGCAGGAGCAUCAAACUACAAUCCUUCAGGACAUUCAACAGAGCCUAGCCGUUUUGGCAGGCCGUGCUCAGGCAGCACCAUCACCAGCCGGGCCUGGGUCUUGGCCCGUGUCGAACCAGUUGGCAAAAGAGGCCAAUAUCAACAUGCACAACUUUACUUCGUUUAGCAAGGUGGAGCUAGACCUUGAGGCAAAGAUAGGGCAUGGACAUGCACCCACUACGGAUGGGAGAAAGAAGACACUGCCUCCCAACAAGAAGGCGAAGGGUCGCAUCAUGUUUGUCGACAACGAUGGUUCAACCAUCGAGUUGGACGGCAACUUCCAGGAGGGAGUAGGUUCAGAGGCGGGCAGCGUAGAAGCUUCAGAGGGUGGAGUAGUCGCUGCCGUUUCUCAAAAAAGCGAGCCGGUGAAAAUGCCGCCGGGGAUAGAGGGAGUAGUUGCUAAGUACCCUGACCUAUUUGAAGAGCCAACAGGGGUUGUUGAGAGGGAGGUCGUCCACGCGAUAGAGAUUAUCCCAGGAUCUAGUAUUCCGAAGGGAAGGAUCUAUCGGAUGUCUCCAGGCGAGCUUGAUGAGCUUCGCCGCCAACUCAAGGAACUCGUAGAGAAGGGUUGGAUCCGACCGAGUGUCUCUCCUUAUGGGUCUCCAGUUCUAUUCGUGCCUAAGAAGGAGGGUACCCUUAGGAUGUGCAUUGGCCUCAAUGCCAUCACCGUAAAGAACAGAGAGCCCCUACCGCGCAUCGACGAUCUGCUAGAUAGAGUGCAAGGGUGUCGGUACUUCAGUAAAAUAGAUCUGAAGUCUGGGUACCAUCAGAUUGCGAUCCGGCCCGAGGAUCAACACGAAACCGCCUUUCAGACCAGGUACGGUCUGUACGAGUUUGUGGUGAUGCCUUUCGGCCUUUGCAAUGCUCCUGGCACCUUUCAGCACGCUAUGAAUCGGAUAUUCUAUGACUACUUGGAUAAGUUUGUCAUUGUGUACCUCGAUGACAUACUUAUUUUUAGUAAGACUGUCGAGGAGCAUGUUGCACAUCUGGACAAAGUCCUCAGUCUCUUGCGACAACACAAGUUCAAGAUCAACGGUGAGAAGUGCGAGUUUGGCCGCACCCGUGUCUUGUACUUGGGUCAUGAGAUCUCCGCGGAAGGAUUGAAGCCCAAUGACGCGAAGGUGGCCAGCAUUCGUGAUUGGCCACGUCCUCACUCUGUGACUGAGAUGAGAUCUUUCUUAGGAAUGACAGGCUACUAUAGGACUUCCGUUAAGAACUAUAGCAUAGUGGCCGCUCCUUUGACUGAUCUGACCCGCCUUGACACCCCGUGGGAGUGGACAGAUGAGUGCGAGGCUGGUUUCAAACAUCUGAAGCAUGUGUUGACGCACUAUGAAGUCUUGAAACUUCCUGAUCCUGACAAGCCGUUCAUAGUCACCACGGAUGCCAGCCAAUAUGGCAUUGGCGCCGUGCUCGCGCAGCAGGAGGGGCCAAAGUUGAGGCCAAUCGAGUACAUGUCGAAAAAGAUGCCGUCUCAGAAGUUGGCAAAGUCCACCUACGAGAAGGAACUCUACGCAGUGUACAAGGCUCUGACCCAUUGGAGACACUAUCUCCUUGGGAGAUUCUUCAUCCUCAGGACUGAUCAUCAGACCCUGAGAUGGAUGAGAACUCAGCCCGUACUUUCUGACGCUGAAGAGUUGGAUCAAAGUGUGCUGAUUACUGAGUUCGACCUCACGGACGAUGUAACUCGCUCUUUGGUGGAAGCCUAUCGCGAAGACCAGUUCAUGUCUGAGAUCAUACGCAGACUUCAGGCAAAGGACAAGAAGACCUCUGUCAAGUUUGAGUUGGUCAAUGGCUUGCUGUUCCUUGAGAAGGCAGGUAAUAAACGAUUGUGUGUUCCCAAUAGUGAGUCUUUGCGUAGUUUGUUUUUAGGCGAGUGUCAUGAUACCACCGGCCAUUUUGGGUAUAAGAAGACCGCAGCCAACUUGCUGCAGCGGUUCUGGUGGCCCACGAUGAUGAGAGAUGCCCAGCUGUACGUGGAGACUUGUCAAGUUUGUCRACGGGACAAGCCACGUACUCAGGCUCCUCUUGGGCUUCUGAAGCCCCUUCCGAUUCCGGAACGGCCUGGUGAGAGUCUGUCCAUGGAUUUCAUGGAUACUCUGAUCACCAGCAAGAGUGGGAUGCGUCACAUCUUCAUCAUCGUGGAUAGAUUUAGUAAGUAUGCUAGGUUAAUGCCGAUGCCAGAAACAGCAAAGACAGAGUAUGUGAUCCGGAUGUUCAAAGAGAACUGGGUCAGGGACUUUGGUCUACCGAAGUCUAUUAUUAGUGACAGGGAUGUCCAGUUUACCAGCAAGUUGUGGAAGGCCGCCGCUGCAGAACAGGGAACUCAGUUGCAGACGACUUCUGGGAAUCACCCAGAGGCCAACGGUCAAGCCGAGCAACUGAACCGCACUGUGCAGCAUCUGUUGAGGCAUUACAUCAAGCCCAACCAGGUGGACUGGGAUGAGAAGCUUGCUCUCAUCGCCAGCUUGUACAACAACGUUGUACACAGCGCCACCGGGGUGAGUCCAAAUAGCUUACUGCUAACAUUCAAGCCUAGACUGCCCCUAGACUUUCUUCUUCCUGAGAAUCAAACAACUGCUGCACCAGGUACUUUGGAAUUUGCUUACCGCUAUGAACAGAAGAUGCAGCAGGCUGUAGAGCAGAUGCAGAAGGCGCAGGCUGCAAUGAUAGAGUCUGAAAAUAGACACCGCCGGCCUUCUACAUUUCAGGUUGGGGAUAGGGUCUGGGUUAAGUCGUCAGAACUGGGACAGGAGCACGGGAUCUCCCGCAAACUCAUGCCCCAGUACUUCAGACCCUGGGAAGUCUUGGCUAUCGUUGGGACAGAUCCGGAUGGGCCUUCUUAUGUUAUUCGGAUCCCUGGUCAUCUCCGUACCUACCCUGUCUUUCACGCCUCCAAGCUGGCACCUUUCAAAGAUACUGACCAGUUUCCAUCUCGUCGCUCAAUACUGCCCCCAACCAUGGACGGAGAGGUGCACAUCGACGAUAUUGUGGAUCACAAAGAGCUGCCGGUAUCAAGACCAGCAGGUCGGGGACGUCCUCCAAAAUCGAAGCUGCAGUACCGCGUUCGGUUCCAGCAUCACACUGAUCCGAAGGAGGACCGCUGGUUCACCAGGGAAGAGCUCAUGCAGACCACUCCUCAAGUUGUAACCCAAUACGAGAGAUCUCUGCAGAAGGGAAAGCGCCCUAUGAUCGAAGACUGAGCUUCUCAAAGGACUGUUGAAGCUGAGGAGGAGGGAAUGCGAGGCCAUUGCCUCU